CGCCCCGAAAGGCUCCCGGGACGCUCCGGGGUGGGAUUCUCCCCCCGAAAGACUUCCAAAGCUUUCUGGGGUGGGAUUCUCCUCCCGAAAGGCUCCCGGAGCUCUCCGGGGUGGGAUUCUCCCCCCGAAAGGCUCCUGCAGCGCCGCGCCCGCCCCGGCCGGGAGAGGCGGCGGCCCGGAGCGCUCCCCCCGGCUCCGGCCAUGGGCAGCGGCAGCAGCCGGCGGCGAGGUGCCGGGGGGAUCGCGGGCAGAGCGGGGCACAGCCGGGACGUGCCGGGGACCGACAGCGAGGGGGCGGCGGCACCGCCCGGCCCCGGCCACAGAGCCCCGGGUGCCGGCGGCAGCAGCGCGGAGGCGGCGGGAGGCGGCGGGGCCCCGCUCCUGCAGGCGGCAACCAGAAGCCCACCAGGCUCAGAGAACAACAACGUUGACCAUCAGUGCCCAGAAAGCAACAAGAAGCCAUUGGGACAAUCCACAAUAUUGUAUGAUUACUCAGAGGAGGAGCUCAUGGCGAGCAUUGAGCGGGAGUACUGCCGCUGAGUCCGGUCCCACGCCACGAGAACGUCAGGCGUGACCCUGGAAUCCCAGCUGGAGCAGAACUGCUGACAAAACAAUGCCUCACACAGCGAGACAGCACAGGAGAGGGGCUGGUGGAGCUCAGAGGAGCGUGGCUGCUUGRGAAGCACCGCAGCAGAAAGUUCACCUGAUGGAUUCUGAGUGGGAGCGUGARGAUCAUCACCAACUGCUGAUCUCUGAUUGGUGUCACUGAAAGAGGGACCAAUUCAUCUUAAGAAUCAAAAUUUAGAAGCUCAAUUCCAAAUGCUGUUUAUAAAUGAACAUGUACUAGAAUUGAGGUGUCAUACUAGAGSUGUUGAAGUGUGGUGCUUUGAAGGAAGAUCUUGCUUUGACUUAGCAAGAAAAAUGCAGCAAUAACAUUUGAUCCAGAAUUUAYUUAAGGGCAUGUUGAAUUAAAUUCAUGUUCCAGCCACUUAAAAUGUGCCAAAUGUACUCCUUGCACUGUGCAGGCCUCAGGUCCAGGUCUGAAUUUGGCACUCUUUCAAUCUGGUCCCCAGUAUGGAAGAUGAGAGGAAAAGGGGRCUGAGCCCACCAUCCAGUACAUAGGCAGUGUAAUCCCAGAGUUCAAAUACCACCACACAAGCAGAUUAGGCUCCCAGGAGCCAUCAGGGAACACAGRAUUUGUAUGGUCACUGUGGGGCAGGAUCCCAGCACAGGAGCUUUACCUGGGGCUCCUUGUCAUGGAUCCAUCCAGUGAAAGCAGGAGGCACAUUCUCAUUUCAAUCAUCCACCUUGAGAGGGACYUGCAUGCUCUUGUAGAGCAGCUGUUUUUGUGAUCAUUUUUCACAAUUGCCACUCCUGGCCUUUCCUUAUAUUUCUUGUCCUAUAAAAAAAAUCACUACAUUUUACUAUCAGCUGACUGCAAAGUAAAACAGAAAGUUAUCUCUCCUAAGCAAAUAGUAUUUUCAGUGCUCCCAGACAGGGAAGCCUGGUAUUUCGGGUUUCUGCUUUUAUUAUACCUGCGUCUUAACAUAUUAUGAGUAUAUGCUUAUUAUCAGAAACAGAAAAAUAUCUUCAGCUGAAGCAUAAAAGGCAGUAUUUGAAAUCUUAACUAUGUGUAAAUGCAAGAGCAAACUGCAGGACACUUCUUAAGAUGCUGUAUUUGAAGUACUUUGUGAUUCCUGAGACCUGUAAAACACAAUUAAAUGCAUCUGUACUCUAUGUAGCYCUCAGUGAAGGCAUCAAAUGUUCUGAAAAAGGCUCUCUGGCUUAUUUGGGAAAUCAUCCUCUG